GCGAGGCCGCGCGCAGGCGGGUCCCGCGCUGCUCCGCGGGAGGGGCCGAGCCCGUGUUUCUCCUCCCUACCGGUCCCCAUCCUUAAAGCACGAGUCCGGACGCCCCGCCUGUUGGAGACGGCGCCUGGGUCUGGACAGCGAGCAACCGGGGCGGGCCAGGGCCGACCGAGGAGGGCCUGAGGCAACGGACCCGCCGCGGCUGGCACACGAGCCUCUCGGCCCCGACUGAGUGGUUGCGGUAGCUGCGAGGGAAGGGGUCGCGGGCGCCAUUGCUGCCCGUCAGAACGCCGCAGGGUCCCCGUCAGCCCUCGGCUGCUCUCCCCCGGCUGGGAGGAGCCGUCGCCAGUCCCCGGCCCAGUCUCGUGAAUCGGGUGCCUCGUCUGCCGCCCGCGCCGAGACCAUGUUUGACAAGACGCGGCUGCCGUACGUGGCCCUCGAUGUGCUCUGCGUGUUGCUGGCUGGAUUGCCUUUUGCAAUUCUUACUUCAAGGCAUACCCCUUUCCAACGAGGAUUAUUCUGUAAUGAUGAGUCCAUCAAGUACCCUUACAAAGAAGACACCAUACCUUAUCCGUUAUUAGGUGGAAUAAUCAUUCCAUUCAGUAUUAUCGUUAUGAUUGUUGGAGAAACCCUAUCUGUUUACUUUAACCUCUUGCACUCGAAUUCCUUUAUCAGGAAUAACUACAUAGCCACUAUUUACAAAGCCAUUGGAACAUUUUUAUUUGGUGCAGCUGCUAGUCAGUCCCUGACUGAUAUUGCCAAGUAUUCGAUAGGCAGACUGCGGCCUCACUUCUUGGAUGUUUGUGACCCAGACUGGUCAAAAAUCAACUGCAGUGAUGGCUACAUUGAAAACUACAUAUGUCGAGGGAAUGCACAAAAAGUGAAGGAGGGCAGGUUGUCCUUUUACUCGGGCCACUCUUCGUUCUCCAUGUACUGCAUGAUGUUCGUGGCAUUUUAUCUUCAAGCCAGGAUGAAGGGAGACUGGGCAAGACUCUUACGCCCUACACUGCAAUUUGGUCUUGUUGCCACGUCCAUUUAUGUGGGCCUUUCUCGAAUUUCUGAUUACAAACACCACUGGAGUGAUGUGUUGACUGGACUCAUUCAAGGAGCUCUGGUGGCAGUAUUAGUUGCUGUAUAUGUAUCAGAUUUCUUCAAGGAGAGAAAUUCUCCUUUUAAAGAAAGAAAAGAGGAGGACUCUCAUACAACUCUGCACGAAACACCAACGACAGAGAAUCACUAUCGGAACAGUCACCAACCUUGAAGGUGGCAGAGUGCCCAGAUGAAGUUGGCCUGCUUUCUAAAGGAAAAUACUGCAACCAGAAGGCAAGAGGAUGCGUCCUUCUUCCCAGUAUACAAGCCUUUAAGGGGACUGCUGCUACUGUACCUCUUGGAUGCCCACUUUACCUGUGUGUAUAUAGUUACAUUUAACACAAUGGUUAUCUAAUAGCUCUUAAGUUCAUUACAAAAAAUUUCAAGCCUUUCACUAAAACAAAUGCCCCACCUGUACAUUUUUUUAUUAAAAAAAUGUAAUGCUUAUGUA